AUGUCACCGAAAGCGUCCAUCACCUUCCUGGGACUACACUGGAACAAUUGUGGCCCGUCUCCGCGAUCUCUAGGUAUCCACGUUGUUCGGGGUGAGAUGUCGCCGACUCGCAAACGGAGACGAGCGGCGUCCAGGAUUCCCCGCGCCCAUGGAGAGAGGUCUCAUCUUCAAGUUUACGUUGUGAAGAAUGGAAAGGCUCCAACAGCCAUCAACGAUAAGUCGUUAUCCCCAGCAAAUAUCAGGAAGAAACGUUCAGCAAUAUUGUCCUAUCCACCUCAACCGGACGCAUUGCACCAGCUAUUGUCCGUUAUUUUAGUCGAGCAAGACAUCGAUGAGGCGAUCGUUCGUCAAGCUGAUGAAGGCGAUCUCGAAGAUGGCAACGAUAGCAAUGUCGAUGGUAGCAAUGUUUGUAGGGCACGACUUAUCGGGGGUGACUAUGGAGAAUCCCAGCAAAAGAGCAUUUCAAAAGCCAUCAAGAACAGAGAGGAAGCAAAGAAAUCAAUCGAGGCAGAGUGGGUAGUUAUAUGA